UAUGUUAUAUAUAUUGUAUGAUAUCUAUCAUGUAAUGUACAUAUGUUAUAUUAUAUAAUAUUAUAAACAGCGCCCCCUGGUGGUCGGAGGCUGAAACGUUUCUGGGGGAUUUCCUGGGCGGAAGCAGCGAGGGGGUUUCCAGUGUGAUCAGAACUUCGCUCUGGAUCCGAGAACUGGAUCCCGGUGAGUUCACCCUCAAAAGCACACAGGACCGAUAGAACCCGAACCAUGAGGAGUCCGCCUGAGGCCCGGAGGCUCCGAGGCAGCGGCAGGUUGACGGUUUGAAUCCCAGAGAGAGACCGAGCACGGAGGAGCUGCUGAGUGGAGCUGUGGCCUGCGGAGGAGAUUCAUGUCAUGUCAGCGGGGAGGAGUGCUGACGGGAGGGAGGUGCAGAUUCCCCUCCAGCAGGUGGCGCCCUCCCUGACCCCGGCCCUCUCAGUGGCUUCACCCGUUCACCGUCAAGUCAAUCCGUGGCCCCCCAGCGACACCACGCCUCAAAGUGUGUCUCCAGGUGUCCCUGCAGGGUUCCUACCUCUGCACAAAGGAUUCAGAGACCACUUUGCAUUGACUCCCGAAGCUAAAUACUGCUGUGAGGCCUGCAGCCUGGUCCUGUGUCAGCCCCGCCAGACGGAAUGUGGACACCGCUUCUGUCAGAGCUGCAUCAACGACAUUCUCAGUCAUCCUAACCCGGUGUGUCCAGCUGACAUGGAGCCUCUCUUCAAAGACAAGAUCUUCAGAGACGUCUGCUGCCAUCGUGAGAUCAUGGCUCUGAAAGUUUAUUGUCGCAGUGAAGCUAACGGCUGUCAGGAGCAGAUGAGUCUGCAGCAGAUUCCUGACCACCUGAAUGUGUGUCCUUUCUUCGAGGUACCUUGUCCUUUGGGUAAAUGUAAGGAGCGAAUGAUGAGGAAAGAGAUCCCCGACCACCUGAGCUGGAAAUGUAAACACAGAGAGACCAGCUGCGAGUUCUGUAUGACAAAGAUGCCAAUGACUGACCUGCAGAAACACAAGGAGACGGUGUGUCCAGCCUUCCCUGUAUCGUGUCCAAACCACUGCUCCUUCUCCUCCCUCCCCCGGAGUGAGCUGUCCAGCCACCAGAACGACUGUCCCAAAGCUCAGGUGUGCUGCCAGUUCCACCGCUAUGGCUGCACCUUCCAGGGUUUGAACCAGGAUAUGAGGCAACAUGAGUCCACCUCGGCAGGAGAACACCUAAGAAUGAUAGCCAACAAACACUCUGUGUUAGAGAACAAGGUGGAGGACAUGAAAGGUGAGCUAUUGGAGAGGUACAAGGUGCUUCCUGCUCUCAGCACUCGACUCUCUGAACUGGAGAACCAGAGCGACGAGCUGAGGGAGAAGAACCGGCAGGUGGAGCAGAAGCUGGCCACUAUGCAGAAACUAAUGAGCUCUCACUCGGAGAAGCUCCUGGAGGUGGAACUGGAGCUUCGAUCUCUCCGUGGCCUCCGAGAUGAGGUGGAAAACUUGAGGGGAACCCUAGAGAAUGUCCGGACAAGACUGAACACUCUCGAACAAGGGGGACGCAGUGGGACUGGAUCCACAACACACACUCUGGCAACCCUGGAGAAUCAGCUGAAACGACAUGAUGAAAUGCUGAGUGUCCAUGAGAUCCGACUAGCCGACAUGGACCUGCGUUUCCAGGUGCUGGAGACCGCGAGUUACAACGGAACCCUGAUCUGGAAGAUCCGUGACUACAAGAGAAGGAAACAAGAAGCCGUGGGGGCAAAGACGCUCUCGCUCUACUCACAGCCAUUUUAUACCGGUUACUUCGGCUACAAGAUGUGCGCCCGCGUCUACCUGAACGGAGACGGCAUGGGCAAGGGGACGCACCUGUCCCUGUUCUUCGUGGUGAUGAGAGGCGAGUACGACGCCCUGCUGCCCUGGCCCUUCAAACAGAAGGUGACUCUGAUGCUCAUGGACCAGGGUCCAUUAAGGAAACACUUGGGCGAUGCCUUCAAGCCGGAUCCAAACAGCAGCAGCUUCAGGCGUCCUGCAGCUGAGAUGAACAUUGCCUCUGGCUGUCCUCUGUUUGUCUCUCAGACUCUCCUGGAGACUGGCAGCUACAUCAAAGACGACACCAUCUUCAUCAAGGUUACAGUGGAUACCUCUGACCUUCCUGAUCCGUGAUGACACAACUGCGCGGGUCUGAAAUUUGCUCACCUGCCCAUGUCCAAUAGAGUAAAGGAUUAUGGGAAGGAUCAGCGAUAAUGAAGGAGUUGCGUCCAUCUGAGAGCGACAAUAGAAGAGAAGAAGGAACAGACCGGAGCAGCCAAUCAGAGUGAACUUUACAAAGCUGGGAAGACAGGUCUUCUUCUGAUUGCCUGAUGUACUAAAGAACUAUGUGUGUGUGUGUGUGUGUGUGUGUGAGUGAGAAUGGAUCAGUGUUGCCAUGACAUCGCCAUGGUGUUAUCAGCCAGCAUGUCCUCCUCAGUGGGGACAUUGUUGCUGGUCUUACUGAUGCUGUGCAUCAAAUUUUACGUCCUGUUUACUAAAGUAUGCUGGGAAAUCCACUUCAGCCACAGAGUAGCUCAGCAGACCAGUAGAGACCAGCUGGAUCCAUUACAAAAAAAUGUCUUGUAGGGCCCAGUACAACCUUGUAAGAACCAGCAAAGACCUAGUAUAAGAUAAACUAGAAUGAUGUCCAGUGGGACAAUUCAUUGAUCCCAGCAGAAACACUGAUUAGAGGUUUCCAGUUAAGAUGUCCCAGGAUAUGUUCCCAGUGCGUCCCAGUAAAUAUUACCAGUAUAAAUUCCCAGUUUAGGUUUCCAGAACGAUUCUCUAGAAUGAGCUCCCAGUAUAAGUCCCCAGUAUGAGGUCCCAGUGUAGUUGCUUACCCUUUGCUUUCCCUUGAUACGGUCCCAGUAUAUUCCAGGAUGAGUUCCCACUAUAGGUUCCCAUUAUGAGUUCCCAGAAUGGGUUGACAGUAAAAGUUUCCAAUAUGUGCCAGUAUGAGUUCCCAGUAUGUCAAAGUAGUUUCCUAAAUCCAGUUUCUCAGUUGCCUGUAUUUCCCAACAUAGUAUAAGUUCCCAAUAUGUCAAUCCAAGUUCCCAGUAUGAGUUCGGUCUAUGACUUACCCGUAUGAGUAUCUAAUAUGUGCCAGUAUAACUUCCCACAAUGGUUUCCCUGUUUAGGCUCCCAGUCUGUUGGGUUCCUCUGUGGUUUCUGAGUAUUUUCGGUGUCAGAAUUUGAUUCAUUUGCACAGUUUAAAUGUUAAAAGUGACAAAAUAAAAUGGAAGAUUUUAUUGAUUUGUGAUUACACCACUUUUGGAAGUUGUAGAAGAAGAAACAGGAAGUAGAGGAUGACCUCUGACUUUUGAGUGUUAUUUCCGUUGAACACUGGUAAAACAAUUUAAAACUAAAAAACAAUUGCCAACAAGUUGUAGAAUUAGGGAACUAUAUUAUAUAGUUGCACCUAAGAAAUAAAAUGACUUGAACUGUG